AUGUCCAACUCGGCCAAGUCGGCCUCCCCCGAGGCAAGGGAUGGCAGCAACGGCGCCAAUGGCGACGGGCCCGACGAGAGGCCGCGCUUGACGGAGGAGGAAAAGAAACAGAACCACAUUGCCUCAGAGCAAAAGCGGCGGCAGGCCAUCAGGGAAGGCUUUGACCGCCUCACCCAGCUCGUGCCCGGCAUGGAGGGCCAGGCGCGCUCCGAGGGAGUGGUGCUGAAGCGCACCGUCGAGUUUAUGCGCGAGCAGCUCGAGGAGAGGAAGCGUCUGAUCGAGGCUGUCGAGGCGCAAGGCGGCCAUGUCGACGAGAGCUACAAGAAGUUUCUGGAGGAUUCAUUAAAGAACCAAGGACUGUCUUGA